AUGGACCCUGUCUUUUGGACGACUUUAUCGGUCAACCUAAACGGGCCAUUCAUACCCUCUAUCAUCACCAAGUUCUUCACCGCCGUCGGGAAAAACCCGUUCAACGUUACCGUCACCUCAGGAGACACGAGCUCGCCGGAACUGAGUGCUACCAAAGAGCAUGCACGUCUCACCGUGCUAAUGAAGCAGCUCGAUCCCCACCUAGGUGCAAAAGUCCUCAAAUCACUUCGCUUGGACAUCAUCUACCGCUCAUCCAUCCUCCUCGCUCUUUCUUAUUUGGGCGAAAAAGAACUCUUCUGUCUUUCGGACCUCCGCCUCAAUUCUUAUGUUGCGGACACCGAGGAAGAGGCUACUGUCUUCCAGCUGAUGUUCCCCGAACUGACUUCGCUUCAUAUUGACGCAAAGACGUUCGUCGAUAUUGUCAUGGAAGGUGUGGAGUGGCCUCAGCUUCCGGGGAUGGGCAUACACCCAUUUGCUCUUGUUGUUACCCGUUAUCGGCCGAGGGAAGAGGACCUGCUUUCGAUCGACGGGUUUGUUGAUGCUCUGGAUUUUUUCAUUUCGGAAAUACCAUUCCUCACCCUCAGAAUCUCGGACGUCGGAUUUGACCCCUCCAGCGGGUGCGACAUUGACGGUUGCAUAGUCCGACCAUCAGCACUCGUUAGUCUCGCUGACCUUGAAGGUCCAAUCAUCCAGGCCCUCUUCUCCAUCAUCGAGUACAGACCGUCGGACAUGGCUGCUUUCCAGGGCGGUGAUACCGCAGUCUUGACGCGAUGCGAGGUCGCAACGGAGACGGAGAUUUGGUGCGAUUUCCUUAGGCUUGAGGAGAUAGAUUCGAGUUCGUCAAUCAUCAACGCCCUUGAGAACUGGUCACCUCACAACCCGAUGGGAUACACCACCCUUAUGGUUGACAAGUGCAGCGGAUUCGAUGACUCGGUUUUAGAAUGGAUGGUUGAAGAAGAGGACCGUUUCGCACGCCUGAAGAAAAUCGCGGUGACCAAACCAGCGUUCUCCGCUGAGACAUUGCACGAGUUGGCGGAAGUUCUAUUAGACGAAGCCUUAUCUGAAAUUCAGGUCUGGGAUGGACCACCGCUUGACGAGGAAAUUCGUGACAGGUUUGCAGAGUUGGAGAAAUUGAAAUUUUCGUGGAAAGUGUAG